AUGGCGUCCUACGAGGUCAUUGGCAUCGCCCUCGUCGCCGCCGCGUACCUUCUCUUCAAGCUGCUCAACGCGACCGACACGCCCAAGAUCAAGGGCCUGCCCGAGAUCCCCGGCGUGCCCAUCUUUGGCAACCUCAUCCAGCUUGGCACCGACCAUGCGCGCGUGGCCAAGUCAUGGGCCGCCAAAUACGGUCCCGUCUUCCAAACCCGUCUAGGAAACCGACGUGUCAUCUUUGUCAACUCGUACGACUCAGUCCGGCACUUUUGGAUCACGCACCAGUCGUCCCUCAUCUCACGGCCAACCUUUCACACGUUCCACUCGGUCGUCUCCUCGUCCCAGGGCUUCACCAUAGGCACCUCGCCGUGGGACGAGUCAUGCAAGAAGCGCCGCAAGGCCGCCGCCACGGCCCUCAACCGGCCCGCCGUCCAGUCCUACAUGCCCAUCAUCGACCUCGAGUCCAUGGCGAGCAUCCGCGAGCUGCUGCACGAUUGCGACGCCGGCCGCCGCGACGUCGACCCCAUUUCCUACAUGGCCCGCUUCGCCCUCAACACCUCCCUCACCCUCAACUACGGCUUCCGCAUCGAGGGCGCCGUCGACAGCGCCCUGCUCCAGGAGAUUACCCAUGUCGAGCGCAUCAUCUCCAACUUUCGCUCCACCAGCAACAACUGGCAGGACUACGUGCCGCUGCUGCGCCUCUGGAGCAAGCAGAAUACCGAGGCCAGCGAGUUUCGCGCCCGGAGGGACAAGUACCUGACGGACAUGUUGACGGAUCUGCAGAAGCGCAUCGAGGAGGGCACGGAUAAGCCCUGUAUUACGGGCAAUAUUCUCAAGGACCCCGACGCCAAGCUCAAUAUGGCUGAGCUCAAGUCCAUCUGCCUGACCAUGGUCUCUGCUGGGCUUGACACUGUGCCUGGCACCCUAAUCAUGGGUCUGGCGUACCUUUCUACACCGGCUGGCCAAGCCGUCCAGGCCAAGGCCCUCGCCGCGAUCCACGAGGCCUACCCCAACGGUGAUGCCUGGGAAAAGUGUCUUGUAGAGGAAAAGGUCCCCUACGUCACUGCUCUCGUCAAGGAAACGCUGCGAUUCUUCACCGUCAUUCCCAUCUGCCUCCCGCGCACCAACAUUAAAGACAUUCCCUACGAAAACACCGUCAUCCCCGCCGGCACCACCUUCUUCAUGAACGCCUACGCGGCUGACUACGACGACGACCGCUUCAAGCUGCCGGAGCAGUUCAUCGUCGAGCGCUUCCUCGAUGACCACGAGGUCGGCACGCCGCACUACGCGUACGGCGCCGGCUCGCGCAUGUGCGCCGGCUCGCACCUUGCCAACCGCGAGCUCUUCACCGCCUACAUCCGCAUCAUCACCGCCUUUGCGCUCUCCCAGGCCGACGACCCCGCCGACCGCCCGGUCAUGCACUGCCUCGACUGCAACAACACUCCCACGUCGCUCACGCUCGACCCCAAGCCCUUCAAGAUGAAGCUCCGGCCCAGGGACGCUGCCCAGCUGCAGCAGUGGAUCGCCGGGGCCGAGGCGCGUACCAAGGAUCUCUGA